GCGUGGGCGCCUCGGGCGGCCCUGCCAGAGCUCGGUGCGCGCGACGCAGCGGCGCUGGACGCUGCGCUGGCCCAGCGGGACUCCGCCCGCUCAGGCGUUGGCGCACGGGCAGACAAGCGGGCGCGCCUGGCGUUGCGCUUUCGCGCGGGGCGCACGCGGGGCACGCUGGCCCGACUGCUCCAGUGUGGACUUGUUAGCGGCGACGGCGGCCCGGCUGAGACGCUGGCCCCGCGGGCAGGGCUCGCUGGCAAACUUCGAGGCGAGGAGGUGGUCGUCCUCGACGCCUUCGUGUGCCGCGGCCGCCUUCGGUGCGACGUGGCCCCCGUAGUCCAAGGCUCUGGGGCGGGCGCCGCUGGCGGCGCGCACGUGCUCAGGACGAGUUUGCGGCGUGGUUUGACCACGCGUGCCGGUUCUGAUCUCACGGACGUGCAGCAUCGGUGGCGCUGCCGGUCGAUCGUCCGCGGUGUUCCAUGGAUGGCGCGCGUGCCCGAGGGCGUGUCGGAUGGCGGGCGCGCAGCAUCGGUGGCUCCGCGCGCUCUCGUGGAAGACGCGCAGAUGUUGCAGUCUUUCCGCCACGCCCUCGCCGGCAUGAACGUCGCGGCGCCCGCGUGCCAGCGGCCCGCGGCGCCAGUCCUCGUGAUCCCGAAGGCCGCCGACGAUCACGCCCGGCAAUUCCGGCACUGGGUCGCGCGUCAGCAGGGGGGGGCCGCGCUGCAGCCGAGCGGGGAAUGCAGGCGCGGGAGCUACGUUUGGGACUUCCCGUGGCCAGCGCAGCUGGACCGUCAGAGGUGGGCGUCGCACGGCGGGCGCGGCGACGACGUCGGGCAUCGCUGUUACUUCCCAGUCGCCGACGAGGACGUGGUGCGCGUCGUCCCUGACGCGAUCGUCAUCCGCGGCAACGCGGCGGAGGGCGGGCAGAAGGAGGGCCGCUGUUACGUGACUGGGAGGUUCCUGGCAAGAUUCCUCUUCUGCCUGAAUGACACGCUGAACUUCCGCGAGUGCCGUCGGCAGCUGCUCGGGGAGUACGUCGCCGUCGCGCGCGGCGCGGAGGCGGGCUUGAGCGACGCCGGCGCGCGGGCAGUCCUCUUCAACAUCGCUUUCGCCCUCCCCAAGCGCAAGAUGUUGGGCAUGAUCGCCCCGCGCGCCUUCUCCGCCCCGAUUUCGCGGAGAGUGUCUGAGAUGCGGCGCCUGCAGAGUCUCUACAACGGUUCCGGGCUGCGCGUGGACGGCAACUUCAAGCUGGCGAAGAAGAUUUGGAGAGGUGCCGGCAAGUCCCGCCAGAAGCCCUUCAGUUGCGUGCUCGGCAUCUGCGGGACGGACGGAUCGCCCCUGCUGCCUGUCGCCCCCGUCCGCGGGGAGGCCUGGAUGGACAUCAAGCGCGUGCUGCAGCCUCUGCUCGCGGACAUCGUCUCUGCUCGCCAGGCCGCCGGCAUGUCCUUGGAGGACGCGUGCCCUGCGUUCGUCAGCACCGACUCCUACAACAAGCACUUCAAGAAGUACGCCGACGUGGUGAAUGAGGCGUGCCAGCUUGCCCGGGUGCGGACGGCUGGCGCCACUCCGCGCGGCCCACUCGCCGCGCGCUGCAUAGUCGCGCCUUCCGUCGGCGUGCUCGUGGCAGGCGAGCCGUUCCACGACGUCCUCAACGCGAGGAACCGCAAGGCGCGCCUCCCGUGCCGGCGCUUGGAGAGCGCGGGCGCGACCUCCUGCGGACUGCUGUGGCUCAGUCUGCCGCGUCCUUCCAGGAAGCGCUCGCGCAGAUGCGUCUUCAAUUCGAAGCUGCGGCGGCAUUACAGCCGCCUUCUCAAGUCGCGACGCUUGAGCGGCUUGCUUGCGUGGCAAGAGUGCGCCGAAGGCUUGCGGGCCGCCGGCGUGGGCCCUCGAUCCGGCACCGUCCCAGUCGAACAGUCUUGGGCCAUCACUGCUUCGUACUGGCCAUCCGAGACUAAGACUGCAGGAGAGAAAGUUUUCAAGUUUUUUGCAGACUUGUCAUUCCUGCGGUUUUUGUACAUGCACUUCCACAGUUCGGCGUUGCCCGCGUGGGUCGACGAUGACGUCAUGUAUUUCCAGCAGAGCGAACGCGCCCGUCUCAUGCUCGAGCCCGAGACAGCUCUGCGGCUGGAGCAAGAGUUGGCGGACGCCGCUCGCCAGAGUUCGCAGUGA